UGCCGGGAGCAACUGCAGAGCCCCGGAGCCUCUCGCCGCCACCUCGGAGCAGGGGAGUGGGCCACCCCCGAGCGGCCCGAACCACCGCGCGCCCAGCGCCUCGACGGCCGGGGAAGGGUCCAGGUUCUAGCUACCACACCAUGACAAGGAGAUGGAUGCUAGUUCUUUGCUUAAUGUUUGCCCAAUUCGGACUGAGUCUUGCAGAGACAGGGAUGUGUCCAGCAGGAACCUAUCUUGCAGAACAUGGAACUUGUGUAAAAUGUCCUGAAGGAAGUUAUACUAAUCACAGUAAUCAACUUACAGCCUGUUUACCCUGCCGUGGCUGUGAAUCAGGUCUAGUAGAAGUCAGUCUGUGCACGCCCACCCAAAACACAGAGUGUGGAUGCAAAGCUGGUGAAUGCCUGACAGACGAUUCUCCUGAACAUUGUGAGCCAUGUCGAAGCCUCAGCAAACAGCCCAAUGGAACUGGGAAUGAUUGGACUGCAGUUGGAGUUGGAGUUGGAGUUGUAGUUUGUAUCCUACUGGCAGUGUCGGCGCUAUUCUGUAAAAUUCAUUGUCUCGGAAAGAACAAGUCUCAAGGUUUUCUGGACUUCUUUAAAAACUCACCAUGUUCGUUCUGGGCGAGGUGCAAAAGACAUCCCCGGACAGCAUCUGAGAUUGGGCAAAAUGACCUCAAUGAUAUCCUCAUCGUGACUGAGAGCUACGAUGAGAGACAGGGCCACGAUGGACGUCUGCUGGACACUGGGGACAGCGAACAGGAGCUCGAAAUCCAAGCACAAGCUCCACUCCCAGCCGAGAAAGCGCAGGCCCUGGGGGACCCCGAGCAGGUGCCCACAGGAGCUGGACAGUCUCAGGAGAGAAGGAGGCGACUUGUUCCGGUGGAAGGCACCAAUGGCGCUGAGAGCUUCCGGAUCUUCUUCAAUGAAAUUCCAAACGAUGUGUCUAUUUCCUGCUGGAAACCACUUAUGCGACGCCUGGGCCUUACAGACAACGAGAUCUAUGCGGCCGAAAGGGAAAACUCAACCCUCCAUGAGCAGAUGUAUAAAAUGCUGGUGACAUGGCAGGAAAAGUAUGGGACAGCGGCCUCAGUCAACACCCUGCUAGAGACCUUGGAAGCUCAGGGGCAAAGACUGUCCAUGGAGGUGAUUCAGGACAAACUGGUGAAGUCUGGAAAAUUCAUCUAUGAAGAUGAUGCGGCCGGCUCUGUGGUGUCCCAGGAGGAGGAAACUCUGAAGCCUGCAGGCCUUCCCUUGCUUCCCUGAGACCAAGAAGGAGAAGGACAACUGGACUCCUGCUAGGAGAAACAACAAUACUUGACAGCUCUUGAAGAAACUGCCACCUCAGUGCAUACAACUCUUGACUGUAGCAAGAGUACCACGGGUAGGGCAUUACAGGAGUUCAACCCGGGUUCCAUCUCAGCACCCCAUAUGGUGCCCUGAUCCUGCCUGGAGACAUCUCUGAAUGUAGAGCUAGGAGCAGGUCCUAAAUUAAGACUACUUUUUUUAAAAAAUAUUUUUAUUAAAUUAAUGUUAAAAUAUUAAUAUUUUAAUACUUUUAAUAUUCUAUAAGUUAUUCUUUGUACUCUUCCUUAUUUAUAUGAAAUACAGCUGCUCUGGUCAGGCCGCCAGGCCACACCUCUGGUGCUCAGGUCCACGUGAGCUGGAGAUCAAACUCAGACAUGUGCUCCCCCUCUGUGAACUAUCCCCCCAUUUGUUUUAACACGCUAGCGAGAGGAAUGCCUGUGUAUUAUUUUAUAUACUGUACGGAUUAUUAAUCAGUAGCUGUUUACAAGGGAGCAGAGACGAGGAGGUCCUCACUCUGCGUCUCUGACGGGGCUGUCUCAUGUACUCUUCUUCCCCCGCCUGUGCUCACAUGUGCAGAAGGAGGGAGGUGGGCUCUCUGCAAUGUCAAAUAGGUUGCAUAGUGAGUGGCAUUGCAAGCCAUCAUAGUGAGUCUUCAGCCACGUGUGGGCUCAGAGAGGACAGAACCACUCUCGACAUCUGCUGUGAUCUCUGGGACAAGCAUAUAUGAUACCUGUGAAUGUAACUUGUUGUCUAACUCAACCCUGAUGGUCAUUUUCAUCUGUAGUAGACAGCAGAGUUGAGCCACCGUACUGCCUUUCUACAGAAUUUCUUCUGAGAAACUUAGUUUUAUGCUAAUAUCUAAAUGCAUUAAGACCACAUUUUUUUAAAUAGGCAAUAAAUGGGGAUGGAGCGAUAGCACAGCGGAUAGGGCUUUUGCCUUGCACAAGGCCGACUCGAGUUCAAUUCUAAGAAUCCCAUAGGGUCCCCUGAGUACCGCCUGGAGUAAUUCCUGAGUGCAGAACCUGGAGUAACACCUGUGCAUCACUGGAUGUGACCCAAGAAGUUAAAAAAAAAAAAAAAAAAAAGACAACAUAUAAAAUUUUUUUUUAAAAAAAGUUGAAUGUUUCUCUUUAUCCUUGUUAGUAUCCGUGGACCUAUAAUUUGCUGCUUAGGGACCAGAGAGAUGGCAUAGUGGUAAGACACUUGCCUAGCACACUGUCAAACUGAGUUCAAUCUGUGAUACCACAUAUGGUCUCGAAGUCCCAUCAGAAGUGAAUCAUUAGCUCAGAGGCAGGAGACAGCCCGAGCACCUAUGGGUAUGGUCCAAAGAAAUAACAUUUUCUGGAUUUUUUCUACUCUUCUUAGAGAAGAGUUCAAUAAAAACUCUUCUCUAAGCAAGUGCUUUGUCUGGGUCUACCAUGUCUGUUUUUCUGUUUGUUUUAAGAGUU